AAUAGUGCCUGAAAAUAGACAGUGCCAAUCAUGCAGAGCUCUCAGCAAUGGGUCGAGAAAUACCGACCAAGGCAAGUGAAAGAUGUUGCCUACCAAGAGGAAGUUGUUCGAGUUCUAACAAAUACACUUGAAACUGGAUGUUGCCCCCACAUGCUCUUCUAUGGUCCUCCCGGCACUGGAAAAACAACUACUGCCCUUGCAAUUGCCCGUCAGCUUUUCGGGCCUGAGCUCUAUAAGUCUAGGGUGCUGGAGCUGAAUGCAAGUGAUGAUAGAGGGAUUAAUGUUGUUCGUACAAAGAUAAAAGAUUUUGCUGCUGUGGCUGUUGGUACUGUUAAGCGUAAGAAUGGUUAUCUUUGUCCACCAUUCAAGAUUAUUGUUCUAGAUGAGGCUGAUUCAAUGACAGAAGAUGCUCAGAAUGCCCUGAGGCGUACAAUGGAAACGUACUCUAAAGUUACAAGGUUCUUUUUUAUAUGCAACUAUGUGAGCAGGAUUAUAGAACCACUUGCUUCACGGUGUGCAAAAUUCAGGUUCAAGCCAUUGUCAGAAGAAAUCAUGAGCAGCCGGAUAUUGUACAUAUGCAAAGAAGAGGGCCUCUGUCUUGAUGCUAAGGUGAGAACCUUAUGGACUAUUUAGUUCAAUGGAUGGGAAG